UCAUUAUAUCCUACACAAUUGAGCUUCGUCUCUAGAGAAGCUAUCUUUAGAUGUCACUAACUACAGACUGUUAGAUGUUAGCUGAUUGUGCGUCAUUCCAAGUCCAGCUCCGCUUUGUUGCGAAGGUGCGAGCUCAAGAUUCAGUUUUUUAUUUUUUAUUUUUAUUUUUUAUUUUUAUGGGGAGUGUCGUAUGUCGGCGGUCUGACUCUUGUGCCAUGCUUUUCUAUCGACUUCCCCCAUUUGCCAUGGCAUCUAGCUCUGGAUUAUUCGCCCCAGUCCUGUGUUGCUCCGGCGUGUUAGUUUCAGGCCUUGUUUAGUCGACCGUGAAACUUUUUCUGAGGUUUUCGCGCCGUGCCUAUUGCUGUCAAGAAAUCCCACAGUUGUUUUGUUGCACAUUGUGGGUGUGUGAUCUCACGGUUGGCUCUGCAGCUAACAGCUAACAUCUAACAGUCUGUAGUUUUUGUUCGACCUUUGCUUGGCAGCUGUCCUGUCUUGUGCUUAUGCUCUCGGUCAGUUUUCAUUUUUGUGCUCCUAGGAGCACAGGUUCCCCGCGAGCGUGGUGCGAUGUCUAGCGACGUCUGAUUUGAUCACUGCUUGGCACAUAUUAGCUCGGUUUUCUUAAUCUUUUAGUUUUUCGCCUGGUGAUCGUUCCAAUGAGCCAAGCCAGAAGCUACGCUGUCAGAUUAAUUUGGCUACUUGCCCCACUGGAUACAUGACCUUGAAAUCUGUUGGUUAGCAAGAGGAGAUUCAGCAGAUGAGGGCAUCGAGAAUUGGACUCCGUGUCAUGAGGGCGUCUACCGGUUUAGAUGGAGAGAGCAGGAGACAGUAUAUCCGGAGUGGGGCUGCCGGGGCGAGUUGGAGUCGGAGAUGUAUUUCUGUUUAUUCAGACCCCAGAAAACUCAAGCUGCUGCCCAAAACGCCCCAGCGGGUUCUCAUGCUCACUCUCGGUGUGCUCACCAUGAUCUUUCUCUUCUUUACGGUUAGCACUGACUGGCACUCAUUUUUUGGGCAGUCCAGACAUACCGUAAGUACAAGACCCAGGGUAAGGUCAGAUCCCUGCACUUCCAAUUUGCCAGAAGUAAAUGAUAUUGAUGAUGGAGGAAGAGGAGCCUCGAGUGAUGGGAAGUCCAUAACAGGUAAUGUGGCGUUGCUGCUAGGACAGAACCUUCAGUUAGGCAAGAGGCCAAGUAUCGGACUACUCAACAUCGGUAAAGAUGAAGCUUUGGGAUGGCAAGAGUAUGCGCAUGGACGCAUCCCCAUCUUCUUUCCCUUUGCCCAAGUUAAUCAGAGCCUUGCAUGGUCGGAUUUUUAUCCCGAGUGGAUUGACGAAGAGGAGCUCUUCGAAACUCCAAUGUGUCCGUCCUUGCCCUUCCCAUGUGUGCGCGAGAAGACAAAGCUCGACCUCUUGGUCGCCAAAGUUUCUUGCCAAAACCCGCAAGAGUCAGGUGGAGAGCGAAACGUUCAACGACUGCAGCUUUUUCUGUCUGCAGCCAGCAUUGCAAGCCAGACGGGAGAUGAGGCAAUGGAUGUCCUGAUCAUUAGCGAGUGUCGGCCGCCGUUGAAUAUCUUCCCUUGUGGAGAGCUCCUAGAACACGAGGGAAAGAUGUGGCUGUACCACGUGAACCUUGUCAAUAUGAGGAGCCGGUUGGUUCUACCAGUCGGAUCGUGCGAGCUAUCGUUGUCCAUUAACUAUCCAGAGCAACUUGCUGCGAGGACGGGCAAUGAGAGGAGGCAAGCCUACGUAUCCAUGGUGCACACUGAUGCGUCUUAUGUCUGCGGGGCAAUUGUAUUGGCACACAGCAUUCGUCUGUCCGGCUCUACACGGGACCUAGUUAUGCUGGUGGACUCUAGCAUCCUUCCCGAGCAGCGCCGAGCCUUGCAAGCAGCAGGCUGGCAGGUGCGUGAAAUCGAACGAAUCCGUAACCCGUACGCAGAAAAAGACCGCUAUAACGAAUGGAACUACAGCAAGUUUCGCCUCUGGCAGAUCACAGAGUAUGAUAAGAUUGUUUUCAUCGACUCUGACCUUCUCGUGCUGCGCAACAUUGACUUCCUAUUUCAAUUGCCUGAGAUUUCGGCCACUGGAAACGACCAAAACCGCUUCAAUUCGGGAGUGAUGGUGAUUGAGCCCUCCAACUGCACGUUCGGCAUCCUCCUGGAUCAAAUCAUGGACACCAGAUCAUACAACGGCGGCGAUCAAGGUUACUUAAACGAGAUAUUCCCAUGGUGGCACCGUCUUCCGAAGCGCGUCAACUUCCUGAAGCACUUCUGGUCGAAUGACACCGACGAGUUGGAGACUAAGACUCGCCUCUUCGGUGAAGAUCCUCCUGAACUCUACGUGCUCCACUACCUAGGCAUGAAACCAUGGGUUUGCUUUAGGGAUUACGAUUGCAACUGGAACUUGAAGGAGCAACAGAAGUACGCGAGUGAUUCGGCCCACGCCACAUGGUUUAAGAUACACGACAGCAUGCCGGAGAACCUUCAACGGCAGUGUUGGCUCAGGACUUUGGCUAAAGCAGCUCGGGAAGUGGAGCGCAGGGAAGCGGAGGCUGGAAGCUACAGCGAUGGGCAUUGGAAGAUCAAAAUUAGGGAUCCCCGGCUGGAGUUGUGUCCGACUCCUGAGCAUUGUGACUGGGAGGAGAUGAUAAGGCACUGGAAUGAACCACCACCGCAAGCUCUUUGAGCCCAUAGUGUAAAUAGUAGGACCACUGGUUCGCUUAAACAAGGUCAGGGCCCAUGACAAACAAGAUAUACAAAAACUGGUUGAAGGAUCUCAGGAAUCGGCCCAAAUGCUUGAAAUGUGUGACCAAUGUACUAUUAAGGCAAUUAUCCUAUCAGUAGGCUUAUAUGGAGAACAUAUUACAGAUCAGGGUUUCUUUAUAAAGAUCGGCGAAAUGUUGAAGCAUCAAUUCAAGGACUUUUUGUAGCAGGGGACGCGUUUCUGAAGGUCAUUGUUGUCGUAGGCUGUAACAGUAAUGAAGUCUCUAGAGAGCGCUUGAGUGAUUCGCACUGGUUGAAAGACCAAUUUUGGGGGAUUUGCAUUAUCAUGCUGAAUGCUAUGUUGCGCUUUGGCAAAAUUUAUGUCAUUCCAUUUAUGAUUCUUCUGCU